AUGGUUGUGGAUUCAGCAUACUACGAUUUAUUAGGUGUUUCAGCCACAGCAACGGCUGUAGAGAUAAAAAAAGCAUACAGAAAGAAAUCCGUCCAAGAACAUCCAGAUAAGAAUCCAAAUGACCCAACUGCAACCGAAAGAUUUCAAGCUAUUUCUGAAGCUUAUCAGGUCCUAAGUGAUGAUACACUAAGAGCUAAGUAUGAUAAAUUCGGGAAGAAAGAAGCUGUUCCACAAGGUGGGUUUGAAGAUGCUGCUGAGCAAUUCUCAGUCAUCUUUGGUGGCGAUGCUUUUGCAUCUUAUAUUGGUGAACUGCAAUUAUUGAAGAACUUACAGAAAACAGAAGAGUUAUCAGCUGAGGAUGAGAAAGAAAAACAAAGAGAGAAAGAAGAACAAGAAGCUAAAGAAAAACUAGAAAAAACAACAACUCCAGCCACCGGGACUUCAACUGGGACUGAUUCACGAAAUAGUGAACCUGCAGGUACGACAGAAACAUCUAUUGCACACUCAACUGGCGAGAUUAGUGAAGCAAGUGACUCGAAAACGGAAGUUUCCAAUUCCCAAGAAAAUAAACCCAAAAAGAAGACUAAAUUAGAAAUAUAUGAAGAAGAACAGGCUAUCGAGAAGGAAAAAAUGAUUGAAGGAUUAAGUAAAACUCUCACAGAAAGGCUCUCUAUUUUAACAGAAAGUGUAUAUGAUGAUGCCUGUAAAGAAUCUUUCCAAAAGAAAUUCGAAGAAGAGGCUAAUCUGUUAAAGAUGGAAUCGUUUGGUUUAGAUAUACUACACACGAUAGGUGAUAUAUAUUGUGAACAAGCUAGAAUAUUCUUAGGUUCCCAAAACUUCUUUGGUUUUGGUGGUAUGUAUCAUUCUAUGAAGGCUAAAGGUGGUUUAGUGAUGGAUACAUUAAGGACAGUUUCUGCUGCAUUAGAUGCUCAAAAUACAAUGAAAGAAUUAGAGAAGAUGAAAGAAGCUAAUGAGAAUGAUACGCCUUUAUUGGACAAAAAUGGAAACGAACAAAUAAAACCUACUCCUGAACAAAUGGCAGAACAAGAACAAUUACUUAUGGGUAAAGUGUUAUCUGCGGCAUGGCAUGGUUCUAAAUUUGAAAUUAUGUCUACUUUAAAAAGUGUAGUUAGUAAGGUUUUAGAUGAUGAAUCUGUCGCAGUCAAUACAAGAAUAAAGAGGGCAGAAGCUCUGAAGAUUCUAGGUAAGGUAUUCCAAAAUGCUUAUAGGACAAAGACCGAGCAAGAAGAAGCACAAGUAUUUGAAGAAUUAGUAGCAGAGGCAACAAAGAAAAAGAAAUCCACGUGA